CUUUAUCACCAUUGACCCGGAAAGGAAAUCGGCUACGCAGCACGUGUGCUCUUCGUGCGCGCGCUCGGUGUUGUUGUUUGUUUCCUUUCACAGUUUAACUCGCGUUUGGAGUCGAGUCGACUCCGCAGUUUUUUGUUUUGUAAAGCGGAGCCUUGGACUCUUUCGCUAUGACAAAAUCGAAGAAAGAAAAGGCCGCGAUGGAGGAGGAGGAGGAGGCGGCAGCGUCAGGUGGUAAUGAGAAAACGUACCAGGAGCUGAUCGCCAACGUGAACGCCAUCGCACAGCCGCUGGCCUCCAGGAAGCUCAGCAAGAAGCUGUAUAAGUGCAUCAAGAAAGCCACCAAGAUGAAGCAGGUCCGGCGUGGAGUGAAGGAGGUGCAGAAGUUCAUUAACAAGGGAGAGAAGGGGAUUGUGGUCCUUGCUGGUGACACCCUGCCGAUUGACGUCUAUUGUCACAUCCCCGUCCUGUGUGAAGAUAAGAGCAUUCCUUACGUCUACAUCCCCUCUAAAGUGGACUUGGGCUCGUCUGCGGGGUCCAAGAGGCCCACCUGUGUGUUGAUGAUCAAGCAGCACGACGACUACCAGGACGCGUACGAGCAGUGCUUGGACGAGGUCUCCUGCCUGCCCGCCCCGGUCUGAGGCGCUUGGCAGCCGUCUGGACUUUCGGAGAGGACCGGAAAGGUGUUUGGUGUGGCAGCAGACGACGAUGACAAGGACGAGGAGCGCUAAAGCUGCGCCCUUCGUCAAGUCCCCCUUUUUUUUUUUUUUUUGUUUUUUUAAUGGCUCGUUGCCGGUGACACUUGAAAUAGAUUCUGUUUUUUAAUUGAA